CGAGCGCUCCAGUCCGCUCCGUGCUGCCGUCGCGCACGCACGCGCAUGUCGCUCGCUGUUGUAUUCGGUGAUGUGAGGUGGCCCCCGCCGCUGCCGCAGCGCCGCGCGACUUACGCGCUUUUUUCGCGACCGAGUAAGCCAGUUGAAGGCUCGAGAGCCUUCGAGCCGGCAAGACGCCGUCCACCGUGGAUUUGAGGUACGGCGCCAUGGCGGCGACCACGUACAUGCCCGCCGACAUGGACCUGGGCAACAUCGGCGGGUACCAUGCUGCGUCGCCGCGCAGCGCCGAGCCCGCCGACAUGAAGUAUCAGCACGGGCUGCACGCGGGCGGCUCGCCGUCCCCGGGCGCGCCCGUGCUCAACCCGUGGACGUCGCUGCCGCCGGCGGACCCCUGGGCCAUGCACGGCCACCACGCGCACGCGCACCAGCCCGACGUCAAGCCGCCGCCGGUGCCGCACGAGCACCGCCACCUGCAGCACGGCGGCUGGCACGCGCCCGUCGUGUCGCCGCACUACGGGGCAGGCUCGCCAGUGGCGCUGCACGGCGGCUACCCCAUGCCCAUGCACCAGCACCACAUGCUACGCGACAUCCAGCCCUCGCCGCAUCCGCUGCAUCAUCACGCCAUGGAGCGCGACCCGCCCGAGGAGGACACGCCCACCAGCGACGACCUCGAGGCUUUUGCCAAGCAGUUCAAGCAGCGCCGCAUCAAGCUCGGCUUCACGCAGGCUGACGUGGGCCUCGCGCUCGGCACGCUCUACGGAAAUGUUUUCUCGCAGACUACCAUAUGCAGGUUCGAAGCGUUGCAGCUCAGUUUUAAAAAUAUGUGCAAAUUGAAACCGCUGCUACAGAAAUGGCUAGAGGAGGCCGACUCUACUACCGGCAGUCCAACGAGUAUCGACAAAAUAGCAGCACAAGGAAGGAAAAGAAAGAAGCGCACGUCGAUAGAGGUGUCAGUGAAAGGCGCGCUAGAACAGCACUUCCACAAGCAGCCGAAGCCAUCGGCGCAGGAGAUCACGUCGCUGGCCGACAGCCUGCAGCUGGAGAAGGAGGUGGUGCGCGUGUGGUUCUGCAACCGGCGGCAGAAGGAGAAGCGCAUGACGCCGCCCAACACGCUGGGCAACGAGAUGAUGGAGGGCAUGGGGCACGGGCACUACGGGCACGGCGAGGUGCACGGGUCGCCGCUGCAGCACUCGCACUCGCCGCCCGGCCUGUCGCCGCAGCACGGGCUGCCGGCCGGCGCCCACACGCUGGCCGCGCACUAACAGUUCGCCCCGUGGGCGCCGCCCCGGCCCUACUACUCGGAGCCCCACUAGCCCCGGUAGCCGCCCCGCCCGCGGGAUACGCACGUGUACAUACCGCCGCGGCCUGGACGUGCCGCGGCGACAGUGACCACAGGGCCCGCGCCUCUGUACAUACCUCCGCGCGAGCCCCGGCCACGGACCGAACGCUACGUUUAAGUUGUUCUUUAUAAUUUCAGUGAAGUCAUUGAUUAAUUAUGUGAGUAAUGUUAAGAUCGAAGCCAGUAAUCGUUUAUACUUUAUCGAAACGCCGAGGUUCGGAGUGAUCGCCGGUACGUUUAGCUAGAUAGUCUAAUUGAUAAAUAAGAGCUUAAAUCGGAGGAGCAGCCCGGCGUCGCUGGCACCCUCGCCGGCGGCGGCUGGCGGCGGCGGCGCGGACGUCGUGCGGUAAGUACGCCGUACGGCGACAUUACACACUCACGCGUAGCGCCGGGAGCGCGUAGCUCAGCCACCGCCGCCGCCCGGCGAGGCGUGCGAUGCACCAUUCUGUUUUGUAAAGGACGAUUUCAUCGAAUUUAUUUAUAGAUAUUACAAAUUAACGAUGUUCUUACAUGCCUACCUGUCAGUAGGGAGUCAUUGUGGUGUGGAAUACAUUUAAAUUGUUGCUAUUACUGUAAAUUUAUGAUUAGUAAUGAGGAAGAGAGUAAAAAAUAUGAAUCGGGUCGAAGCUUCGUUUUGUAAGGGAAUACGAGUGAGUCAAUAGGUGCAAUUUUUAUUUUAAGUGUUUAAUGAAACGAUCCGAGUGUGAGAGCGACCAUGUACGUAGUACGGCAUGAGAGUCGCGGCGCGGCGCGGCUCGGCGCGGCAAGCGCUCUGUUGGUGUUGACGCCCCGAGUCGCGCCGAGCCGCGUCGAUCCGCGACCUGCCCGACACGCACUCGACGCACACCUAGCUCCCACUACAUAAUUUAUUAAAAUUAUUAUUAAAAGGAUGCAGACACGAUGCCAAAAUGGUUUUAUUCCUGUUUUUUACUUGUUUUGUUGUUUUUUUUCGUUUGUAUGUAUUUGUGGCCAAUCUUGGUACUUAAUACUUGUAAAAAUAGGUAUUUUUUCUAUAUAAAAUAAUGUACCUACGACGUAUAUGAUGAUAUAUAUUAAAAAAGUUCUUUAUAGAAAUUGAAAUAUGGAAAUGACUUUUAUUGAACAUGUCCUGUAAUCUCUCAGCGAUGUCAGACACUAGAUUGUUAUUGUAUAGUGACAGAGGUCUCGGACACCAGACUGUGUCGCGAGUGUCAAGUGUACAAGUGUAAAGUGUCAAUGUGUCAAACACCAACGAAUGUAUAGAAGUAGGGAGAGUUUUGAAUGUUUGCAUAGUUGUACGAAUACGAACAAUGCUCGUAACACUUGUGAAAUGUGUGUCUGAACUUGAAUUAGCUGAGUCUUGUAAAUAAGUAAUCGCAUCACGAUGGAGUUAGGUAUGCAAGUCUACAUAGCGAGUAAAUAUUACUUAGUGAUAUGAUAUUUUAUAUUAUCGUCUAAGUAUUUAAUAAAACAGAGUAAAUAUUUUA